AUGACUCUAGCGCAACUCAUGAACAUGAAGCUGGAGAAUCCCGUGCCCCUGACGCCCGCCGAGGCCGCGUCCGGCCUCCUGGGCUCCGUGUCUCUGACCUGCUGGAUUUUCUUACUGGUCCCCCAACUGAUCGAGAACUACCGCAACGGGAACGCCGAAGCAAUCUCUUUCCUCUUCGUCGUCGUCUGGUUCAUCGGUGACGUCGCCAACCUCCUGGGCGGCCUACUAGCAGGCCUAGUACCCGUCAUCGUUGCCAUUGCCAUAUACUUCUGUAUCGCAGACGGAGUCUUGAUUUCGCAAUGUCUAUACUAUAAAGCACGGAACUCCCGUCCCGAGUCCGUGCACCGGCGCCGCCGCUCCUCAACCGAGACGCUCGAUCCCACCACCCCGCUGCUUGGCCGCCGGUUCAGCGAUUCGCUGGAGGGCCCGAAUGGCCGCCGGCGGUCGUCGGGUUCUUGUCGUGGAUACCAGGGCGCUGGGCGCCGGGAGAGCCAGGUUGAGGAUCCGUUGGCGAAGAUCGUGGAGGAGAGCGAGUACGGGCGGAAGGCUUGGCUCAAGAACUGUAUUAGUGUCUUGGGCAUCUUCGUUGUUGGUAUGGUCGGUUGGACUAUUGCUUGGCAGACGGGAAUGUGGUCGCCGGCACCGGCGCCGCAGGCUCAUGCGAGCGCGAAUGCGAAUGCGAACGCAGCCGAUUGGGCGGCUGGUGGUCAGAUUUUGGGAUACUUUAGUGCGGUGUGUUAUCUGGGAGCGAGACUACCUCAGAUCUAUAAGAACUACAGCGACAAGUCAUGUGAAGGCUUGUCACUUCUCUUCUUCAUCCUUUCUCUCCUGGGUAAUCUGACCUAUGGCGCCGGGAUCCUGGCUCACUCCAUGGAGAGAGAGUAUGUUAUCACCAAUCUCCCUUGGCUGAUCGGAUCUUUGGGAACCAUGGCUGAAGAUGUGAUCAUUUUCGCCCAAUUCCGCAUCUAUGCCGCGCAGGAACCUCUGUUGGCAGUGUCUUGA